AGCAACAGCUGUGACUGCUGCCUGCCGAAUUGCUGCCAGGCGAGAGCUGGAAGUGUUGUGAAUAAAUUGUAAAUUGAAAAGAAGUUAACGUCAUCGCCCACAUAAUGUCAGCGUUAAUGAAAUCUCUGAGCCUGGCCAAGAAGCUGAGCGCUGUCAAUCCUGCCCUGCAGGCUCACAUUGUCCGCAAUCUUGCCGGCUGGAACAAGGACUACAAGCCCGGUCCAUAUCCAAAAACCGACAAGGAACGCGAGGCCGCUGCCAAGAAAUACUAUCUACUGCCCGAGGAGUACAAGCCAUACGCAGAUAACGGUCUGGGUUAUGGCGACUAUCCCAAAGUUGGCGGUGGCCUUGGCAUAGAGAACAAGGAUAGUUAUUAUCCCUAUGACUAUCCCGAACACAAGCGCAACCUCAACGAGCCCAUUUCAGCUGAUCACGAUCUGUACAGCGAGGAUCGCUACUCACAGCCGGAUGUUCCACGCUACAGCAACACAUACUACUUCACGUGCUUUCUGGGCGUCAUGACCGGCUGCCUGGCGCUCUACUAUUGGCUCGAGGACAAGAAAAUGUAUCGUCCAGUGGCCGCCAAGCAGUAUCCCGCCGACGGCGUCAAGCACUAUACCUUCGAACGCUAGGGACCGCCAGUUGGGAUUGCUUGUAGAUUAUUUUCUUUCUUUCUGUUUUGCUCCGCUCAAUUAUUGAUUGGGCAAUUUACCAGCGCAUAUGUACCAUUAAAAGAAAAACUAAAUGAAA